CGUGGGUGCCGGACUCCUCCGCCAAGUGGGAGCGGGACUCCUCCGCCAUUGGUGCGGCACUCCUCUGCCAAGUGGGUGCCGAACUCCUCCGCGGCGUGGUUUGACCGCAGACCCGCCCCUAACGUUCGGGGGACUGAAGUGCCGGCGGAGGCGCACACGCUGCCUGUCUGUACACUUCGAAGCAAGAGAUCAAGGGACGCGACUCUUCGAAUACGUCGUACCCUCCUGCUUUAAUAACCAGCCCUUCGCGAUGAUGCGGAGACCGCAGCCACCGGCCAGCAGCCUGUCUCACUUUCUUCUUACUGAGGCUCCGUCUCACGUUGUGAUGAGUCCCAAGGCAGAGUAUGUGUCCAGCCGACACACCGUCACUCAGAGCGCCCCGGAGCCCAGCAGCUACGCCCCUCACCACCCUCCCCACCACCACUGCCAGCACCGCUGCCAGCACCAGCCCCAUCACCGCCUCUGCCACCACGCCCGGCCCCACCACCUGCACCACCCGGAGGCGGGGCUGCACGCCGCCCGGGUGAUGCCCUGCCUGUGCCCCUUGUUCUCCUGCCAGUGGGAAGGCCGCCUGGAGGUGGUGGUGCCCCACCUGCGGCAGAUGCACAGAGUGGACAUCCUCCAGGGGGCCGACAUCGUCUUCCUGGCCACGGACAUGCACCUCCCGGCGCCGGCCGACUGGCUCAUCAUCCACUCCUGCUUCGGCCACCACUUCCUGCUGGUGCUCAGGAAACAGGAGAGGUAUGCAGGGCACCCCCAGUUCUUCGCCACCAUGAUGCUGAUCGGGACCCCCACCCAGGCUGACGGCUUCACCUAUCGCCUGGAGCUCAACAGAAACCACCGGUGUCUCAAGUGGGAGGCCACGCCCCGGUCUGUCCUGGAGUGCGUGGACUCGGUCAUCACCAACGGGGACUGCCUCGUCAUCAACACCUCCCUGGCCCAGCACUUCUCUGACAACGGCAGCCUGGCCAUCGGGAUCGCCAUCUCCGCGGCCGCGGAGAUCUGCUCCUCGGAGGCUGAGAUAUGACACGGAGGCCACCGGACGCUCACGUGUGGCCACCCCUCCCCCGAGAAACUCUGCCUGGGCCCUCAGAUCUCUGCCUGCCAGGACUCCGGGCUCCUUUCUAUUCUCCCUCCUCCCCUCCUUCCUUUCUUUUUUUUGUCUCAGGUACUUUGUGGUAUUUGGUAUCUGUCUGCCAUGGGCAUUAUAUUAUGUAAACAUCCUGUGA